UGAAAAUAAGAUAAAACCCAAAUCAGUUACUAAUAAUAGACCGACGUUACAGCAAACCAAACUUUUUUUAUGGACAGGUACCUGUGACAGUUCAAAGCAAUUUGACUAUAUAAUACAUUUCAUUACAGGAACAAGUAAUAUUUAGUAUUUGAAGUGAUAUUCUGGACGGACGUUUUAAGUGUUAGAAAAUGAAUCCAUAUGUGAAUGGCGGCUUGGCGCUUGUGGUUUUAGCGGAAGUUUUGGCGAUCCUGAGCACGGCGCUGCCCUAUUGGUUCCAGGUAUCCGUGGUAAAUGAAGAGGUGACUAAUGCAGGUCUGUUUGAGGCCUGCGGUUCACAGCCGGGAAUAGGAUCGAUAUGUGUGGCGUACGGGGGUCAGGUCCAAUUUGGGUCAGAUAUAGGGGAACCCGUAUGGCUGAAGGCUGCCCAGGCUAUGAUGAUCCUGUCAGUGAUUGCCCAUGCCGGCGGCAUUGUCCUGGCUGGCAUGUACGCCAUCAAAGUCCGAGACUGGCUCACCUUAAUUGCAGCGUCCACCGCCACAACUUCGGCUGGGGUGGUAUUUGGGCUUAUCGGAACAGUGAUUGCGGGAAUCAAGUUUAGCACAUUGAUCCCUCCUGAAGCCCGUGCAGUAGCAGUCGGAAGCCUUCACGCCGCCUUCGGUCUAGGGGUCGUCGCCAUCAUCAUCGGUACCGCUGCCGCCAUUGUCCUGGCAGUCGCGUGGAGACGCCGUGUCUUCUGAAGUUCGAGCUAACGAGGAAUUCGAGUCAAGCAAGUUCAAAGCAACGGAAUUCGACUAUAUUAUAGAAUAUACGAUCGUUGAUGGAUAUUUCAA